UUAGAGGGAGACAUGGCGACGUCCCUGAUCUGCGGCCGUUUGACGGCUAGCCUGAGAAAUUCAGGGGCUAGAAACACUCUGAGCUCCGCUACAAAGGUUCUCGGUGGUUCUUCGGGUGUUCUUGGAGGCCAUGUGUCCCAGGUGCAGCCUCCACACCUGCAGCAGCAGCAGAGGAACCUGUCUCUCCAUGAGUACAUGAGCAUCGGGCUGCUGAAAGAGGCCGGCAUCUCUGUGCCCGCCGGCAUGGUGGCGAGCUCCUCUGAGGAGGCGUACAAAGUGGCCAAGGAGAUCGGUUCAAAGGAUCUGGUGGUGAAAGCUCAGGUCCUGGCCGGUGGCAGAGGGAAAGGGACGUUUGAGGGCGGACUGAAGGGAGGAGUUAGGAUCGUCUACUCACCGGAGGAGGCUCGGGACAUUUCCUCUCAGAUGAUUGGUCGAAAGCUGUACACCAAGCAGACCGGAGAGGCGGGUCGUAUCUGCAACCAGGUGUUCAUCUGUGAGCGCAGGUAUCCUCGCAGAGAGUACUACUUCGCCAUCACCAUGGAGAGGUCCUUCCAGGGCCCUGUACUGAUUGGCAGCUCUCAGGGGGGCGUGAACAUCGAGGAUGUGGCGGCAGAAAACCCGGACGCCAUCGUGAAGGAACCCAUCGACAUCGUGGAAGGCAUAAAGAUGGAGCAGGCUGUCAAGGUGGCCCAGAAGAUGGGCUUCCCUCCGGCGCUGAUCAAUGAAGCUGCAGAAAACAUGAUCAAACUAUACAACCUGUUCAUCAAGUACGACGCCUCAAUGGUCGAGAUUAACCCCAUGGUGGAGGAUUCAUCCGGCAUUGUGAUGUGCAUGGACGCCAAGAUCAACUUUGACUCCAACGCAGAGUACCGACAGAAGAAAGUAUUUGACAUGCAGGACUGGACCCAGGAGGACCCCCGAGACCGGCAGGCCGCCAAGGCUGACCUCAACUACAUCGGCCUGGACGGGACCAUCGGCUGUCUGGUAAACGGAGCCGGUCUUGCCAUGGCUACCAUGGACAUCAUCAAACUGCAUGGUGGCACACCAGCUAACUUCCUGGAUGUAGGAGGCGGAGCCACGACUCAUCAGGUGACUGAGGCCUUCAAACUCAUCACCUCUGACAGGAAGGUUCAGGCCAUCCUUGUCAACAUCUUUGGUGGCAUCAUGAGGUGUGAUGUCAUCGCCCAGGGGAUCAUAAUGGCAGUGAGAGACCUGGACCUCAAGAUCCCCAUCGUAGUACGGUUACAAGGAACAAGAGUGGACGACGCCAAAGCUCUGAUCGCUGCCAGCCCACUGAAAAUCCUGGCCUGUGACGACCUGGACGAAGCUGCCAAAAUGGUUGUAAAGCUUUCUGAAAUCGUCUCUCUGGCUAAAGAAGCUCAGGUGGACAUCACCUUCCAGCUGCCCAUCUAGAAGCCUCCAAUCUGGAUCUCCUCACCCCUCUCCUCACCUCGUCUAUGACAGCGAUCCUCCACCCCCCCCAAACAGACUGCAAGAGCCUCCUCACUCACUGGAGAGGAGACAGCUGGGAGACCUUUUGUUUGUUUUUCCUCCUCUGUGGCGUGAUGGUACGACCCUAAAACCACGACAGCGUUCCUCACCUUAAACCUACAAACUCAUGUUUCAUUGAGUCGAUACGCACAAAACUUUCACUUCUUUCUCCCCUCUCCUUUAUCUGCUUUUGGGAGAUCUUCCUUCGACAUGUUCAGAAGACGUACGACAGAUGAGCCGAAGCAUUUUCAUGUUUCUCGCUCAUUUUUUUUAGAGAGAUAAUUGUGAGACGGGGCUGCAGAAUAAAGCUGUUACAUGUCUAAGAAGUUCAGAGGCAUCUGUUUAAAGGAUUGUAAUCCUAUAAUCUCCUAAAGUCAUGCACACGUUCACAUGCAUGCCUCUUCAGUGUUGUCACUUCAGAACAAUAAAGAGCCGUUUUGUUCCCCUGACGCAGAGCUUUGACGUAUUUAAUCAAACAACUCAAAAAGCGCUAGAACACAAACACAAUAGCUAAAUUUCACUGCUGAGUCUUCGCCUGAUGAAACAAUGAAGGAGUCUGCAGCAGUGAUUCAAUAAUUACAGAGUUCAGACGCUCAAAUUGGUUCACAGAAAGUGGUUCUCCCUGCAGGCGGCUUCAUGGCAUUUCUUCAUCCGUCUUCUCCUUAAAGCUCGAGUGUUUAUCAGAUUCCUCUCACCGCUUGUACAUCCCGUCUCCGGCUUCUCUCCGUUAUUCUGUGAUGAUGAAGAAAGCAGCAGCUACAUUGAGAGAAAAAACACUAGACUAGUUUUAUCAUAAGUAGAAAAACGAGCUGGAUAAGAGCAGAGUUUUGAUUAAUUUGUGCAAGUUUUGAGAAGUUUUACUGACUUGUUUUAAAAUCAUUCACCUUCAUAUCAUGCAGUAGACACACGUUAAAGGUGAAUGUAAGGCCGUAGAUGACCUGGCGGUUAGGUUGAGCUCCAUGUAUACAGUCGGCUCGGGUUUAAAUCCAGCUUGUGUUUUUUUUCCUGCAUGCCUUUGUCCACUAUCUCAGUCUUAUUUCCAACUCCAUCUACUUUUCUUUCUCUCUGAUAAAGGCAGAAAAUAAAACUUUAAAAUGAUGAAUGUAAGUCAUUGCAGCAUUUCAGUUUGAGCUGAAAUAUUCAAACAUCUGCUCGGAGUUUGGAUACCAUUUAUUUCUGAAGACAUGCACAGGAACUGAGCUGCACAAUGCAUUUUGAUGUAAGCUUUGAUAGGAUGAUAGUGAAAAUCAAACAAUAUUGAUACUUACUUGAUACAACAGCAACAAAAAUGGAGGUUCUGGCACCCAAUUUCAAGUAGUUUCUUGAUUUUAGUCAUCAAAAAUUGCAAGAAAACGGCAAACUGUCUAAAUUGUGCAAAAACAUUGAGCAAAGCCAGUGAUGGGCUUUGGGUUUUGAGCACUUAAAUAGUUCUAAACAAAGCAAUAAGUUGAAAUUACUGCAAUUGCUUAGUGCUAAAUAUUUUAGCCUAUUAAUGGAAAUUUCUAUCAUGUGUUAGCAUCAUGCUUACACAUGAAUUAUUAUUUAUUAUUGACACAUUUUGAUAACAGAGAUUUUUAAAAUAACUGAUUACAUCUUUUUAAACUUGAAACUAGAAAAAGUGUCAGACUUGAUGGAUCUGAUUAUAUUAGUUCAAAUAAGGACUGUCAAGAAUAAUUUAUUAUUUCUGAUUAAAGUCCACAAUUAGUGCAUUAAUUAAAAAAAUGUGAUUUAUCUCAUGCCAGUGCAGCAUCUCCUUGCAGACACAGUGAAAAUAAGUCUCUGUAUAUCAGCAGGUCCCUUUUUCUGUGGUUAAGUUUCAGUAAUAAUCUUUGAUUGACUGAAUAAAAGAAGGCCUGAUCAAAAGAAGAAGUCAAUUACCUUUAAGACCCAAAAACAUUUCUGAUUGCAAAAUAUUGGAAUUUUUGAAAUAAAAAGGCUAAAAAUGUUGCAAUUAGGGCUGUCAGAAUAUGAAAAAUUUUAAUUGAGAUAAUCUCAGAAUUUCUGUUUGCAAACGCGAUUAAUCACACACUUUAUAGUGCACUUUGAAAUUCUAGUAUUUAGCAUUUUGAACAGCUUUGUGGCCAAUGAAAAAAAAUCCCACUGUCUUAAACUAGGUGUCAUGGACUUCCUGUUUAGAUACAGACUUUCUUUUACUGGUAGAUCAAAGAUUUCAACAUGAACUUAACUGUGGAAAAAGGAACUUGUUAUGGAUUGAAAAUGAAAUGAGAACCUUGAAAGUCCCACUGAGCUGUCUUUAAAUCUCUUAGAGCGGACAUAUCAGACCCUGGGGACCCUCGGCUCUGAACGAGUCGCUCUGUUCUUCUGAAAUAUCAGAUGUGACACUUGUAGACUUUGCUGUAUUGACCGCUGCUGAUGCAGAGGUCUGUACCUGUAUUGAUGAGCCAUCCACGAGUUCCUGCUUGUCCUCCAUCUUUGCGUUUUCCUCUGCAUUUUUCAGCGCUCCCAGAGAAAAGUCUGGGGAGAGUAAAGGUUUAGUCAACUGGACAUCAAAUCUGAUUGAUUUCCUGCGCUUGGAUCGUGUUUCUCGCUCUGUUGACUUCAGGCUUAGGGAAAAAGGGCGCUCUUCUUUUUCUUCCUGCUGUUUUUUUCAUACAGCUUGAGCACACGUGCAUUAGUAGACCAGGUAAAGAUCUCCCAUUUUUUUUUCUGCUGAAGUGAAGCAUGCUUCAUGCUGCUGAUUCAGAGACUUAAGCCUGAACCAGAUCUCUAUGACCCCUAGCGCUGUCGCCACUGUAGAUGUCCUUGUUUAACUGAACUACUGCACCGAGUUGUGUGAAAGUUUUUGGAUGUUUAAAGUUACAGAAAAGUGGCCUGUUGGAGACACUGGAUGUUUGUGUUUCUGUGUAUUUAUUUAAAGUUAAACAAAGACUCCUGCAGCGUCUUCAUCCUCAGUCUGCCAUCACGCCACUUGGAAGAAGCCUUUUCUCUUUCUCUGUUUCUGAUGAAAUGUAAAUUUGGGUGGACUCUGUCCUCUCAAAACAACGGUAAAAUGACUGUUUCUUUCCUCCUCCUCGUCUUUCAGCGCUCCGAACACAAGCCCACAUUGUGAGUUGUACGUCAUUUAUUAUAUCUUGUAAAUAACCAAAUUGAUGUUCUCGCUCUGUAUCAUAUUUAUGCUCCUCACACAGAGGACGACAAAAAUAAAAGCAGAGGACACCAA